CCCUACACGACUCCCAUCGGCAGUCAUGAAAGUCUUCAUUGCUUCACUGCUGCUGGUCGCUCUAGUGGCCGUAGGACCGUCCAACGCUAGAAGGAUCGUCGGAGGACAGUUCGCCGAAGAAAAGCAGUUUCCCUACCAGGUGGCUCUGUUCAAGCGAGGUCAGUUUAUGUGCGGUGGAUCAAUCAUCGAUGAGCGGUGGAUUCUAACGGCAGCGCAUUGCAUUUUGCAGUUGAAUGGAAGCGUUCUGCCGAAUGACGCGCUGAGGAUGCGCGUCGGAACUCCACAUCUCCACAAGGAAGGCAAGGUUCUAAAACCGACCAAAAUCAUUCCUCACAAGGACUACGUCAAACUGCAUUACGACAUAGCACUGAUCAAGCUGGGAGAAGCGAUCGUCUUUGACGAAACGAUGCAAAAGUUAGAGCUCUAUUUGGAUGAAGUACCGUUUGGAACGCAAGUUACCAUUUCUGGUCAUGGCAAGACGGGCAGAAAUGAGCCAGUUUCCGAACUGCUCAAGUUCAAUACCAUGGUUAUUUUGGAGAAGGACGAAUGCACCAACGCAACUAGUAGAAUGACCGGAAUCAUCUGCCUGAACAACGAAGUAGAUAACGGUGCAUGUCUGGCCGAUUCUGGAAGUCCUGCGGUCUACCAGGGGAAGCAGGUUGGUGUGGCGAACUUUGUUCUACAUGACUGCGGAACGCAUCGACCGGAUGGAUAUGCUAGUGUACCGUUCUUUGCCAGCUGGAUCAAAGAGACUAUGAAGAAUUAGUCGAAGUGAUUAGAUUUGGUAAUACAAUUCCGACAGUUGUUGCAUAGCGCUUUGUCUGUACCUCUAAAAUAAAGCUAAGUACAUUGCGAAACUCCUUCAAAACGGGUAUUAACUAAAAUUCUAAAUAUUUCUCAACUAAGAGGCAGACAUAUCAAGAAGACUUUAGCAUGCCAAAAUAUAAGAGAAAAAAAUCGGUCUUAAGAAUACUGAAGAUUGCAAAAAUAGCAUAGGGUCAUAUUGACCCCAAUGUAUAGACAAAGGGUGAAAGAAAUGGGGAUACACUGAAAACAAAGACAAUUUUCGAAACAUCUGUUAAAAUGUCUAUUGGUGUCGUACAGUUCUCUGCAUCUCUCUUAAGACUAACAUACUUUUCCUAUCCCUACUAGUUGUAAGGACGUGGCCAGGACAAUCCUUAACUGUUGGAGCGGGAUAUGUUAUUAUCUUGGAGAUAUUAAUUAUUUCCUACUUACUACCUGUCCAGUAAUAGAUAUCCGUUUUGCUCUUAAUAGUUUUGAAUUCGUACCACCUACGAUAUUGUAUAACUUGUUCGAUGCUAAUGCUAAUCUGAGAGACCUUGGUGAUCUGCCAUCCAAAUUAAUGGAGUUCCUUUCCGUGUCAAUAGGUUCAGAGAAUAAUGGUAAUGAUUGUCAAAUAUGGUAUUUAACG